GGGUAUGUUGUAACGUAGAUCUGGCAACCCAGCGUCAUGCGCUUCCGGGUUCUGACGAGAGUUGUGUUGUCAAAAAGAUGUCGGCGCACGAUCACCAGUCUUUCUGUCUGUGCGAAUUACUUAGGUUGCUGUGGACUCUACUAUUGCCAUGCAUCUAUCUGAGUUUUGGUUUUACAGUCAUCCUCAUCCUCCUUAUCAUUGGAUUGAGAAGCUGGUUUCAGAAGAAGAGGAAAACCAGGAGAUCUCAGGAUGGCCGGCUGACCGUGGCGUUCUUUCACCCGUACUGCAAUGCAGGAGGAGGAGGAGAAAGAGUGCUUUGGUGUGCUUUACGUGCUCUUCAAAACAGGUACCAGGAUGUUUCCUUUGUGGUCUAUACAGGUGAUCAAGACGUAACAGCAGAACAGAUCUUAGACAGAGCAAGAAGAAACUUCAACAUCAGACUCCCUCGAGCUGUUAAGUUUGUGUUUCUGAAACACCGUCAUCUAGUGGAUGCCAAACAUUACCCAUAUUUCACCCUUCUGGGGCAGAGCGUAGGAUCCAUGUUCCUCGGAUGGGAAGCUUUGACUGAGUUUGUCCCAGACAUCUUCAUUGACUCGAUGGGCUACGCUUUUACCUUACCUGUGUUUCGUUACCUCGGUGGAUGUCAUGUGGGAAGCUAUGUGCAUUACCCCACCAUUAGCACUGAUAUGCUGUCUGUAAUUCGAGAAAGAAACCCAAGGUUUAAUAAUGCAGACUACAUCUCCAGUAACCCUGUGCUGAGUGCCAUCAAAUUCAUUUACUAUUGUGUCUUUGCACUCUUCUACGGCCUGUCUGGCUCCUGUAGUGAUGUCAUCAUGGUAAAUUCCACCUGGACAUUGGGUCACAUCGUGGCUCUGUGGCGUGCACCUCAUCGCACCAGUGUCGUCUACCCACCAUGUGAUGUCCAAGCCUUCCUGGAAGUGCCUCUUAAGGAAGAGAGUGAGGAGAAAAACGACAAAAAGUGUCGCACCGUGGUCUCAGUGGGUCAGUUCAGGCCUGAAAAAGACCAUCAGCUGCAAAUCAAGGCUUUCAAAAAGCUUCUGGACAGAAUGGAGGAGGAUCCUGACGAUCAUGUGACCGUAAAACUAGUGUUGAUUGGUGGAUGUCGUGACCAGGAAGAUGAAGACAGGGUACUGAUGUUGAAGGGAUUGUGUCAGGAUCUUGAUAUGGCAGACAGAGUGGAGUUUAAGCAAAAUAUAUCUUAUGAGGAACUGAAGAAAGAUCUAACAGAAGCCACAAUCGGGUUGCACACAAUGUGGAAUGAACAUUUUGGGAUCGGUAUCGUGGAGUGCAUGGCUGCAGGAACAAUCAUUCUUGCUCACAAAUCUGGUGGGCCAAAGCUGGACAUUGUAGUACCCUAUGAUGGUGGUCCAACAGGCUUCCUGGCAGAUGAUGAAGACAGUUACGCAGACGCCAUGGAACGAAUUCUUUCAAUGACUCCGGCCGCUCGGUUAGAGAUUCGACGCCGGGCACGUAUGUCUGCCACCCGCUUCUCAGAUCAAGAGUUCGAAAGCUCUUUACUUGCUGCCAUUGAACCUCUGAUGGCCACAGAAGGACAGUGAGAUGCUCUUUAGUCUUUUCUGACUGAGUGAAUUGGCUGAAUGUUAGUCCAGUCUGUGCUGGCCGAUAUUGACCAGGAAUCAUUCAGUUUCUAGAGUUAAGGUGAGGAUUUGCUAUUUAAGAAAUGUAAUGGCUAUGCAUCAUGGAAAAUUGACAUGUUGCUUACAAAUGUGUAUAGCUGCAGCUCAUAUCU